GACCUGUCAUCUUUGAAAUAAAAAGAAGCUAAGAAAAAUGUGUUUAUUUUUGUGAAAAUAUUCCGUUUUCAAAUAAAAAAUGUAUUGAAUACGUUAUGAGUAUGGAUUUAAUUUAUUCAUUACAGCGUCGUACACCGAAGUCACCACCGAAUUUAAAUUGUUUGAAUGGAACAAUUUCUUUAUGUACAAUAUCUAGUAAUAAUUUGAUAGCGUUUACGACUGUUACGGAACUUGAUGAUACAACGAAUAAGACAUGGGGUUCACAUGUUUAUAUUGCUGAUUUGAACACACCAUGGAAUCCACACAAAAUUCAUUCAAAUUGGGCGCAUGUAACAUCCUUAGAAUGGGAUUUACCUGGAAAACUAUUGUUAGUUUGUGAUGUUUCGGGUGAAUUUAAGGUAUUCCAAUCUUGCAAUUAUAUUGUAAAUCAAUGGAAUUGCAUUUAUACAGCGUCUUUCAAAGGUGAACAUAUACUUGCGGCAGCUUUCUUUCAUAAUGGCAAAAAAGUAUCGUUAAUUUCGGAAAAGAAAGACAAUUCAUUAUACAAUGAAAAAUUUGGCCAUUUACGCUUUGCAUGUUCGGUACGUGGAUUUGGUCGAAAACCAGCUGAAGGUGCAUUAGUGGUCACAGCCACUGGUUUAUUAGGUGCCGUUUUGUUCCCUAAGCCAAUUGUAUCAGCUGAAUCCGGACCAGUUUUGGCAUCCAUUACAACCGAUAGUCUUGGUGCAACCAGGAAACAUGUUACAGCCGUUGAUAUUUGCUACGGAAAAAAUGGACACUUUUUAAUCGCUGUUAGUGGAGGAAGUGUGGCACAUCCAAUACAAUGUUAUCGUGUCUCAGUGGCUAAAGUUGACGAUAACUGUAUUAUUACAAGUCAAGCUUUGCCAAGCUUUUUUAUAUCGGUAAUAAAUAAUGAAAGUUUAAACGUUACACAUUUGCGAUGGGUCACUCGAGAAGAUGCCGAUUCACUGGUUGUUGGGGCUGUAAAUAAUACAAUGAAUAAUUCUGUGCUACAAGUAUGGGAACUACAUGAAACCGACUUACCUGUACAUCAUUUGCUUGGAUCUGGAACUGAAACACCCUCAUUUAAAACUGUUCUUUGGCAACAUCAAUCUCAAUUCACAUAUCACUCACAAUUAGCUUCAUUAACCACAAGUAAAUUCUGUAUCUCAAACGCCGUACCACCAUCCAGUUACGUCAUCGUUGCAAUGAAUGACAACACCAUACACUGUUUAUAUCGUGAUAUGUUAAAACAAGUGUGUACGGUCACCGUUAACAUACCACGUAGUGACGAUUCAAAUUUACGUUUAUCACAUAUCGAUACGUCAUGGUUGGGUAACAUAUUGUUGGCUGUGGACACGUAUGGACAAUCGUAUCUAUUCAAAUUGCAACCGGUCAAUGAAAUUACGGGUAGUUCGCUAACUGUACCGGGUAUUGUAACAAUGUUAGAGUAUUGUGUUGUAUCUGGAUUUGAUUGUUUAGAUUUAUUACUGGCAUGUAGUGUAUCACGAAAUACAUCGUCUACAACGUUGUUGGAAACGGUUUGUGAACGUUUAACUGAAACAUUUAAUCGACAGCUAUCCGCUACACAGCAGUUUUAUUAUGUACAAUUUUUAUAUAUUCGAACAGCUUUAUAUAGGUUAACAUCUCAAGGACAAUCCAAAGCCAGCGAUUUAACAAAUUUAUUAAUGUUACACAGUAUUGCAACAGCAUUUAAAAGUUUAUUACGUCCAAGUGAUAUGAGCUCACACGACAAAAGUCCUGCAGAUUCUCUUGCAGCUGUAAUGACCGAAACACAAACAGAUGUUGAUAAAGUGUUGAUGCACUUAGAAGCGAAAGAAUUUACAGUUGAGCCAAGUACUUUACAAAGUCUGCAACAAUUAAUUCAAUGGGUAGCUGAUUUGGCGCUUAGUUUAUUAGCACGUUUACCAAAUUCUCCGAGUAGCAGUAUGCAAAAAAAUACUUCGAAUUAUGAGCUUUUAAAAGAUGUGAAAGCUUUAAAUACGUUACGUGAAUUAUUAGUUAUUAUACGUAUAUGGGGAUUGUUACGACCAGCAUGUUUACCAGUAUUUGUUCGAUCCAGUGAGAGUCAUGAUACUUUAGCUCAUGUAUUUCGAUUACUCAGUCAUUUGGCGCAAAAUCCUCAAGAACCAGAUGAUUCAUUAAUAGAUGAGUGUUGUCAGCUACCUAGUCAAGUUACAAUUCCACAAUUUAAUCACAACGGUAGUCGAAUCGCUUUAGCAACACCCUUAUUACAUCAACAAAAUUUUCCAUUACAGUUUGAAUAUGGAAACGAACCUGAAUUUCUAUGUUAUUCUGGUGGCUCAGAAAAUCCAUUGUAUUCAAUAGGAAGUCAAAAACAAAUUGUUGAUUGUAUACGACAUGCAUGGUUAGGAAAAGCACCAAGAAAAGUACGUGUGUGUGCACGUUGUGGAGGACGUGCCCGUGCACCAUUUUCUCAGUCUGUGACACCACAUCAAACGACGUCACGUGCAUUAAGAGCGUGGGAACAACGAUGGCUUACAUCUUGCAAAUGCGGUGGACCAUGGAGCGUAAGCACCGUAUAUUAAAAUAAUAAGUAAAUUAAUUUUUUUUAUAAUUCCUAUUAGUUAAGUUAUUUCGAAUAAUAGUUUUUUUUUGUUGUUGUUGUAAUAAUAAGAUCUAAUUACUAAUGUCAUUUAUAAGAAUUAUAAAAAAAAAUAACCAUUAUUUAUCAA